UCCCAUGGGAAUUUGUAACGCCCCCGCAACGUUUCAGCGGGCCAUGAAUAUGGCCUUCGCUGAGUUCGUUAACAAAACCCGACUAACCCAACCCUUGAUCAAUUUCUGCAUGAUUGUGUACAUGGAUGAUAUUUUGGUCUUUUCAAAAACACACGAGUACCACGUGGAACACAUUGAGUGGGUUUUGCAUGCACUAAAAGAUGCGGGGUUCAAAGUGGCCUUGGAGAAAAGCGAGUUCUUCUUGUCGGAGAUCUCAUUCUUGGGGUACAUCGUCACGGUCGAUGGACUAAAACCAGAUCCGAAGAAGGUGGCAGCAGUUCAAGAAGCCCCGGCGCCGGUCACACUCACCCAGGUUCGGGCUUUUCUAGGGCUGGCAUCCUAUUACCGACGCUUCAUCAAGGGGUUCGCCGGUAUAGCGAAGCCCCUCACGAACCUGCUGAAGAAAGAGGAACAGCUGAUCUGGACGCCGGAAUGCGAAGCGGCGUUUCAGGCGCUGAAGGAGGCUCUGACAUCUGCUCUUGUGUUGGCGCGUCCCGACCCGACAAGACCAUUCGCACUAUACACCGACUGGCAGCCGCAGGCGAUAUCGGCGGUGCUGACUCAACACGGGGUGGACAGAAGGGAACACGUCAUUGAGUAUGCGUCCAAGACGCUGAGCCAGGCGCAGGCUAAUUACAAAGCGUGCAAAGGCGAAUGCCUGGCGGUGGUGUGGGGGAUUCAGCAUUUCCGACCGUAUCUUUACGGCCAGAAAUUCGUGCUGCUCACGGAGGGCCCUUAUCCCAUGCGCGAGUUCUCGGAGUAUUUGGUGGAGCUGACUGACGUGGAGCCGCUGCCCUUCACCGACGAAAACGCGUGGGAGUUGCACCGUGCGCUGUACAAGUCGGUGGUGCUGGGGAUGUUCCGGUUCUUCGUGGAUCACGAAGACCAUUGCAUCGAGGAGCACUUCGUCGUCUACUACGUCAUCACACGGCCCAAGCCAGCGGAGAAGGAAGGGACGGUGGCGCUGUACCCAUUCGCCCAGCUCCAGACGAUCGAUCCGGGAUUGUUGGAGAUCAUACAUCUUGAGCUCCUCUCCAUUGCGCAAGUGAUUGCGAGCGAGGAGGAGGAGAUCCAACCACGAUUGCGGACGGCGACGGCCCCGCGGAGAACGUACAACACUGUCGUCAUCCUGGAUUACAUUGCGCAGCGCGCGGAUAGGUUGGAGGACUUCCCGGAGGAAAAGUCGUUGCGGCCUCCCUCGUCGUAUCCUCGACCGGUGCCAACAAAGGCCCCCAAGAAGACGGCGAAGAGGAAGAGACUCCACCCGUCACCAGGAGCGCAAGGCAGCAGGAUCGGCGGCGGCGAGGAGGUGAUUCAGCCCGCGCGUACGUGUAAUCCUGACCCCGUGCCUGGGAGUGCGGCGACGCUCGUUAAGGAGACCGUUGUGCCAUCGCCGCCCUUUUCGCGUGUGCCUGAUCUCAAUCUUGAUGGAGCCGGGCCAUCAUCAGCAGCAGCAGUCGGAGGAGGCAGCCGAAUGGGAUUUCCGGAUCCCAUAUCCAGACUCCCCGUCCUCGCGGGACCUCUCUGUUCCCGCCAGCCACCCCGGGAUGCCCCGGUCAUUGACAUUAGUAGUUCCUCCGAGCCGGACGGUCCAUCCGACAGAGGUGGACUUCAUGGUGGAGCCCGCCACCAUCAGGCUCGAGGCCAUCGCGGGGGCGCUGCGCCCUGAUAGGGCAUGGGAGCCAUAUCUGACACCCUCUUUUCAAGGGUGUAUUGCGGCGUGACUGGCUGGGACGC